AUGCCCUCACCGUCAUUUUAUCUUUCAGGUUUUCUGUCCUUCGCUGGGAUAGUGCAAGCGAAAAAGUUCCCAGCGUCCCUGACAGACUUACAUGCCAAACUGAAGGAUGAGGACGGGGUCACCUUUGACCCCCUUGGCGUUGCGGCAGUACUUUACAACCCUCGUGUCGAUAAAAGUGCAGCAAGACUCUAUACUCAGUUCGAUCGAGGUUUAUAUACAUGGCCGCACCUCACAAUGAUUGGGGGCACCUUGCCACCUAUGCAGAUGCUUGUGGAGCGCCUGAAUGCGACGAUGAAAUGGAUUCACCCAUCAAUCAAAUUAUGCGCACAAGAUACAACCAUGCUUCCCGUACGAUCCGAUGUAUCGGGAAAUGUGUUUCGCCAGCUACCACUGAACUUGAGCAAUGCAUGGUUGACUGACAUAAUAUCAUUUCCAACAUCUAAACAACCUGGAAACGACUUCGUUGUCGUUCGUGUGGAUGCCAUGUUCCAGUCAACAGAAAAUCGCCAAAAGAACGUUCGUCAGCAUGCCGGUAAUAUAAGGUGGCUGGUCCGUAAAUGGACUUUGGAGUUGAUCUGUCUGCUGAACGGGGCCAUGCUGACGACUGGCAUGGUGUGCGGAAUUCUGGCAGCCGAUAUUUGGGCUUUCGCCUUGUUCUCAUUGUACAGUAGUCAUUGGUUUGCCUCCGUUCUUAUCUCGUUCACCUCUAUGGUCAAAAUCCAUAAGCCUGAUCACAUUAAGAACGAUACUCAGGAGAGGUAUGCGGUGUACGAACGCGAUGAAGGGGGCACUGUCAUUUUCAAAGGGCCCCAGAAAGAACUUGAGGAGUGGGCCCGUUCCACCUGGGAAUAUGAUCAGAGCUGGACCAAGGAUUGCCUGCAUUGGUUUUGGACCUUGUCUGGGACAUUUUCAGGUUUCUCAUCGGUGGCAUGUAUGGUGAACAUGAAGGGCGCUCUGCAAUUGGCGUUCUUGGGGGUGUUGGUUUAUUCCUCACUGGCUGAGAUCGGCGCGACUCGGAUUGCGCGUCACUUGCAGACACAGGCUCAUGGUCACAUCUAUAUGGAUCAAGUCCUGGAUAACAACACCCGGAGCCUGGCAAUCAUCCGUGCAACCUUGCAGAUUUCGCCGGAAUGCCGGUUAAAGGGUCUCGAUUGGGUCAAAUUGGGUCUUCUUCCUCCGAUGGGAGUCUUUGAGAAGAUGCAGGAAUUGCUGAGCGAGAUCGAGGCCGAUCUCGACCAGGGGUCAGACUCCCUUCUGCCGGGAGUGGACGAGAAGUGUGCUCAAUUCCUCGAUCGGGUAGAUCCCUCGGAGCGGAGAUUGGCUGAGAGAAUAGUUACAGAAGUGAAGGGUACACUGUCAUAUCUCAAGUCUAUAUAG